CAAAAACCACAACACCACAAAACGGCUGAGCCACCAGGAGGAAUGGCUGAGCUGCGCCCCCAAAACGGCGCCGUCUCUACCCCCACCACAACCUUCACCUCGAACACCUCCAAGACCAAGAACAACCCUCUCCUCCUCGGCCGCUUCGAAAUCGGGAAGCUCCUCGGCCACGGCACCUUCGCCAAGGUGUACCACGCCCGCAACAUCAAGACCGACCAAGGCGUCGCCAUCAAGGUCAUCGACAAAGAAAAGAUCCUCAAAGGCGGCCUCAUCGCCCACAUCAAGCGCGAGAUCUCCAUCCUCCGCCGCGUCCGCCACCCCAACAUCGUCCAGCUCUUCGAGGUCAUGGCCACCAAAGCCAAGAUCUACUUCGUCAUGGAGUACGUCCGCGGCGGCGAGCUCUUCAACAAGGUCGCCAAGGGCCGCCUGAAAGAAGAAGUCGCUAGAAAAUACUUCCAGCAGCUCAUCUCCGCCGUCGGGUUCUGCCACGCCAGAGGCGUCUACCACCGCGACUUGAAGCCGGAGAAUUUACUCCUCGACGAGAAUGGUGAUCUGAAAGUCUCCGAUUUCGGGCUCAGUGCGGUUUCGGAUGAAAUCCGGCAGGACGGGCUGUUCCACACGUUUUGCGGCACCCCGGCGUACGUGGCGCCGGAGGUGCUGGGCCGGAAGGGCUACGACGCCGCGAAGGUGGAUAUAUGGUCUUGUGGAAUUGUUUUGUUUGUGCUCAUGGCGGGGUACUUGCCUUUUCAUGACCACAAUGUUAUGGCCAUGUAUAAGAAGAUUUAUAAGGGAGAGUUUCGGUGUCCGAGAUGGUUCAGCUCCGAGCUUGUGAAGUUGCUGACUCGGCUUUUGGAUACGAAUCCGAAUACGAGGAUUACCAUUGCGGAGGUGAUGGAGAAUCGGUGGUUUAAGAAGGGGUUUAAGCACAUUAAGUUUUAUAUAGACCAUGAUGACAGGUUGUGUAAUGUUCAUGAGGAUGAUGGGGAUGAUAGUGAUGCUAGUUCGGUGAUGUCUGAUAUGUCAGAAUCCGAGGCUGAAUUCGAGACCAGGAGGAAGCUUACGACUUUGCCGAGACCGGCCAGUUUGAAUGCGUUUGAUAUCAUUUCGUUUUCGCCCGGGUUUGAUUUGUCCGGCUUGUUUGAGGAGCGCGGGGAGGAGGCUAGGUUUGUGUCGGGUGCUCCGGUUGAUAAGAUUAUAUCAAAGUUGGAGGAGAUUGCCAAAGUGGUGAGCUUUUCGGUGAGGAAGAAGGAUUGCAGGGUGAGUUUGGAAGGGUCUAGGGAGGGUGUGAAGGGGCCAUUGACGAUUGCGGCUGAGAUAUUCGAGUUGACGCCCUCGUUGGUGGUGCUUGAAGUGAAGAAGAAAGCAGGGGACAAAGUAGAGUAUGAUCAAUUUUGUAAUACGGAGUUGAGACCGGGGUUGCAGAAUUUGAUGAUUGAAGAAUCUGCUGGAGGUUCUCUUGCUUCGGGAGGUUCGGUUGUUUCAGAAGGUUCUCUUGCUUCAGGUGGUUCAGUUGUUUCAGUAGGUUCUCCGUCGUCAGUUCAUCAUCUACCCUCUGAUACUGAAUAAGUUGGAAGACAAUGGAAUUGGGUAUGCCCUUUUUUCUGUUACUUCUCUAAUUUGCUAAGUAAGGCUUCUGUAAAGUUUCCUCCUUUGUUGUUGAUUUGUUUUGUUUUGGGAAUAGGCGAGCUCUAGAUAAUACUACUAUGUUAUUGCAUUUCCUAUCCGUUUUAUCAAGAGAGCCUAGAUUAGAAUUACAGAGAAUGGAAUACACAUCUCUCUAGUUCAUCUCGGAAUUUUGGUGAAUGAAUGAUUGUAUAUGCUUACAUUAAGCUUCUACUUCUUACUAACAUGAAUUCGCUGGAUU